AUGUCAAACCACAAAGAACUUGGAGAGCUUGGAGACUUGGACAAGGCUAAGAACCUUGCUAAAAAAGGACAGGCACAAGAGACGCUUCUGAGCGUCGCCCCUGGUAACCAGAAGGUGGAAGGCAAGACCGAGGGCCAAUUGGGCAAGGGUGAGCAUGCCAAAACCGAAGGCCACCUUGGAAAGACUGAAGGCAAGACCGAGGGUCAAUUAGGCAAGACCGAAGGCCAGUUGGGCAAAACUGAAGGACAGUUAGGUAAGUCCGAGGGCCAGUUGGGCAAGUCUGAGGGCCAAUUGGGUAAGGUUGAAGGCCAGGCUGGUAAAACAGAGGGUCAGCUCGGAAAAGACCAUCUCAAGACCGAAGGCGACCUUGGUAAGACCGAAGGCCAGCUUGGAAAGACUGAAGGCGACACUGGCAAGCGUCAGUAA